AAAUAAUUCAAUGUUAUAAAAGAUUGCUGACGAGAGCCGGGUUGUCUAACUGGGGGACUAACUCUUGGGUAUUUCAUCGCAUAUGGCCGGCAGUCCUACUUCGACAUCAGUCCUACUUCGACGGCGGUCUACUCUGUUGCAACCAUACCCCCUUACGGAAGGUUGGCGAUGUAUAAUUCGUUCAGAUAGACAUCUUAGCAUGUGGAUUGCUGUGCUCAUAGUCACUUAUAAUUCAGUAUACACGGAAUUAGUGCCUUGCAUAAUCUUUGUCUGUUUUUAUAGAUAUUUUCUUUAUGUCCCCCAAAUUAGUAAGAUAAAGGUAAAGGUGUGGAAUAAUAAUAUAGUGCAUCAUUGUUCAUAGCAGUAGAAACUCAACAACACCCUCGACAGCGACAAGUAAUUCAGUGGAACGCAUCAUCUAUUUCUCUCUCCUUACAGCCAGUUUGUUGUAUUUUCUUCAUGAAGUGUGGUCAAACCAUAAUACCAAGAUUAGUCAUGGCUAAGGAUACUUAAGACAGCAUUCUACAGUGAUAGCAAUAUUAAUUUCUUGAUACACAUUCUUAAUAGGGACGCGGUGGGUAUAUGACAAUGAUAAUACCAAGUUUGGUGAUCACACACAUUUCUCCACGAGCAAGUCGUCCGCCAACGCAUAUUGGAAACAAAUACUCAUGCUUGUAGUUCAUCCACGGAGGCGCUUCGAAUUACUCUCUGGUCUUCUGGAACGUUUUUCUCGGCCAAGUAGUUUGUUGCGCCUUCAAGGGUUGAGAAUCCCCUGAAAAGUGAGCCUUUAUAUCCAUUGACUAAAGAUUUCGUCACAUCCCUACCGUAUACUGUUAGGAAAAGUACGUAAUUAUUGAGGGAGCUAUCACACCCUCAGACUUAGUAGAUAGCGUACCAAGAUAAGAAAAUGCCUGGGGCAGGAGGGCGGCCCUGAGCAACAGCGUAGUAUCUUUGUGAAGGCAUGAGCGAAUUUAAAUAGUAAAUUGCGGAUUUUAUGAAUUAAAGAAUUAGGACGCUUGG